UUUACGCUGUUGGAGCCGCUGCUCACUUUCUCUUGCUUGUCACCUGCUUGCCAUUGUCACUGCUGCUGCUGUUGUGAGUCGGGGGCGUGUCCUGCCGGCGCCCCAUUUGCAGGCGCGGAGCAGUGGAGGAUUGAAGUGAUGUGCACAUGUUUCCAUCAUAUACAGUGGUUACAGUUUUGUUCAAUGGCUUUCAGCACCCCCACUAUAAAAACUGUUCCAGCGUUAUUGCCCUCACAGAUGAUGCGUGAAAAGCAGUGUGAGUGACAAAAGUAAAACAAAGUAUUAAAAAAGCAGGUAUGAUCCAUCUGCGAAUCAAAGCUUUAUUAACCAUUUACGUCAAACACGAUGUCACAUGGAUUUCCUCAGGAGAGUCUCUCAUGUAACCAUCUCUACCCAUGUAAACAAUAUUUUUGGGAGUUUCCUGCUAAACUGCACAAGAAUCAAACUGGGCCUUAUGCAUGGCUAAUUUAAAUAUUAACCCCCCCACACCACCAUUAAUUUGCAUAACGUUGGGGGAAAAGUCAGCAUUCACAGGAAAAUUAAAGGCUUCACAUGGAAAUGCAAAAAAGGUACCAAGUCCAUGUUUAUUUCAAGAGACAGAAAUGUCUGGAGUAAGACACAUGUAAAUUAAGCCAAUGUGGGAUUGGCUAAAACGGCUUUACUCAGCAUUCCGUGCAAGCUAUCUGAAGAAAUUGAAGAAUAUGAUUGGCAAUAGACGGGCUAAUCAUAACAACAGAGGAGACAUGAGCACAUCUGCCACCUCCAAACAUACAGCAGUGACUGAGUGGAGAAUUUGGAUUGGCUGCCAUGUAAAUGCUAUAUAUUUAUUGUUGCAUAUUACCAAUAAAUAAAUAAAUAAGCUCAUUUAUUUUAAAAAAAAUUCAAGUAGGCAGUGCCUCAUCUGCCUCCUCUGAGGAGCCGCCACUGAUCAUUACAGUAAAGAGGGAUUUAAAAAGGCAUUUUCAGGUUCAUAUCUGUUAGUGGUGAUUGCAAGAGACCAUCAAUACAAAGUGUAGGUGAGAGGACUCUAAUUAUUAUCAUUAAACAGUAAUUCUAUGGUAGAAUGCUGAAAUAACACUAUUUAUCAUGAAUAAUGGACUGGAGUAAAUGGACUGGAGUAAAAAAAAGCAGUGAAAUCACUGAACAUUGACCAUUUUUUCUCAAGAAUAGCAUUUAUGUUUUUUAUGCCAUCCACAUUCAGCCAGUUAAGCUCAUCAUAAAAGGAUACUUCUGCUUUUGCUCAUGGGUUUUGUGAUACUGUAUUCUAUAUUGCAUUUUUUUUAUAGAAAUAAAGACCUCUACUUGACGCUGUAUCAUAGACCCUAUAUUAGAUAUACUUAGCAUUAUUGAAAUUCAUUUCAAAUCAAAUUGAAAACUGUGUAUAGAAUAGUUUAGGAACUUCGGUACCCUUUUCUCACUUAGAGUAAACUAGACCAACCUAUAAGGAGGAGCCACAGCCACACACAGGGGUUUAAUUCCAGCCCAAUGGGUCAGUGAAGAGAGACCAUUUCCUUGUUCUCAUUAGGAUCCAUCGGAAGACUACAUGUUGCUUGUGAACAUGCAUGUCAUGAGUGCUGUUAGAAGUACGAUUGUGAUGGGCUGGCUGGCAUUUAUGUUUUUGAUUUUGGAUGUCUCUUGCCAACAAUUUAAACAAGCUAGGGCACCAUUGCUACAACACAAACCAUUCAUUGUAGUCUGGAAUGCUCCCACUAAGUCAUGCAGACUCCGUUUUAAAGUUGAUCUGGACCUUAGUGUUUUUGACAUAGUGGCAAACUCAAAUGAAACCCUGAGUGGACCCAAUGUUACAAUAUUUUAUCACACUCACCUCGGCCACUACCCAUUCUACUCAGAUGAUGGAACUCCUGUCAAUGGAGGACUUCCACAAAAUGAAAGCCUCAACAAGCACCUGAACAAGGCCAAGACUGAUAUCGACAAAUUCAUACCAUUUAAGGACUUCAAAGGCUUGGGGGUUAUCGACUGGGAGAACUGGAGACCUCAGUGGGUUAGGAAUUGGGGAUCAAAAGAUAUCUACAGGAAUAAGUCGAAAGAACUUAUGAGGAAGCUUCAUCCACAUUGGUCAAAUAGAAAAGUUGAGAAAGAAGCUAAAGAAGAGUUUGAAAAGGCUGCUCACAAUUUUAUGAAUGCAACUCUUUUAUUAGCAGAGAGUCAGAGGCCUAAUGGGCUUUGGGGUUUCUAUCUCUUCCCAGAUUGCUACAACUAUGAAUACAAACAGCACCCACACAAAUAUACAGGUGAAUGUCCAAAUAUUGAGCAUGUACGCAAUGACCACUUGCUUUGGCUCUGGAAAGAAAGCACUGCCCUCUACCCUUCUAUAUACUUGGAUUAUGAACUGAAAUCAACUUCCAACACUGUAAAAUUUGUCCAUUAUCGUGUCAAAGAAGCCAUGAGAAUUGCAUCUAUUGCCAGGAAUGACUUCAUGCUGCCAGUCUUUGUUUACUCAAGACCAUUUUAUGCCUAUACAUUUCAGGUUUUAUCUGAGGUAGACUUAGUCCAUACUAUUGGCGAGAGUGCAGCUUUGGGGGCAGCUGGAGUGGUCUUAUGGGGGUCUUCAGAAUAUGGACGAUCUAAGAGUAACUGUCUAGCGGUAAAGAAGUAUAUUGAUGGACCCCUGGGGCACUACAUUAUAAAUGUGACAUCAGCAGCCAAGCUUUGCAGCAAAGCCCUGUGCAAGAAGAAUGGUAAAUGUAUCCGGAAAAGCCUGGACUCUGGUGCCUACCUACACUUAAACCCCAGGCAUUUUAAAAUAAGAAACCAUUUUGGUAAGAAAGGCCCACAACUUUCUAUAAGCGGACACCUCAGUAAUGAAGACAUCUCAGUCAUGAAACAGAGGUUCACUUGCCUGUGUUAUCAGGGCUGGACUGGAGUGUUCUGUGAGCAGCCAGAUUCCCAAACCAUACAAGCUGCCCAUUUCAGCUGUAAAAUAGCCACCCCUACCUUGCACUUUACAUGCCUUUUAGGUAUUCUGUUUCUCUGUUUCUGUCUCAUUGUUAAAUGUUCUGUUUAUUAGGUACAGUAAGUCAUUUCUUAGAGGCAUAUACAUUUUAAAAUACAAGGAUUGGUGUUAGGGUUAGAAAUGUCAAUUUAUAUGAAAACAAGCCGGAGAUAACUGGUAUUUCUUUAAUAGACAACAAAGCUAAUAUUCUGUUUCUAUGUCAAUGUUUGUUUGCUAAGAGUAACUUUUGAUUUUCAAUGGAUCAUUACUGUCAAAUGUUAAUAUAAUAGUGGAUAGAUUUUUUUUUUUUAAUAAAGCGAGAGAGGUGUCCUUCCUCUGAAGUACAGUAUCACGUUUUCCCACUUUAUCAUUCAUCUCAUUCCAGUUCUCCACAGAAGUAACUAUCAAAGCAUAGAGGGGACCAAGUGCAUGUUGGGUCUGUUGGAAGUACGGUAUUAUUAUACAAGGUUAUGGCAAAGCACCCAGUUCUCAAAGUCUUCUUAUUGUGCGAAGAGCUUGCUCCAAAAAAGCCAGAACUGCCAGAACUGUAUAGUAAAAAAAUAAUGAGUGAAAAA